AUGACCUCUCCGCAGAAGCUUUGGCACUACAGAGGGCGAAUCCUGCUUUGCUUUCUCCUGGGAUCACUGUGGGAAACCGGGGCCGUGCAGAUCCAUUACUCUAUUCCCGAGGAGAUGGAGAAGGGCUCUUUCGUGGGUGACAUCGCCAAGGACCUGGGACUAGAGCCCCACAAGUUAUCAGAGCGAGGAGCCCGCAUAGUUUCCGGAGGUAAGCAGCAUUUCGCUCUCAAUGUUAAAAGCGGCAGCUUAAUCACCGCCGAGAGAAUAGAUAGAGAGAAAAUUUGUCUUGGAAUUUCCAGUUGUCUUUUAAAUGUGGAGAUUUUAAUGGAAGACAAAGUAAAAAUUUAUGGCUUAGAAAUAGAAGUGAUGGACAUUAAUGAUAACGCUCCACGCUUCCGGACAGAUGAAGUGGAAAUUAAAAUUAAUGAAAAUGCCGCUCCGGGUAUACGUUUUGGGCUUCCCAGCGCGAGGGAUCCAGACAGAGGAGUAAAUUCCCUCCAGAGCUAUCAGCUAAGUCAGAACAAGCACUUUUCUCUGAAUGUGCUAAGUGGGAUAGAUGGGGCCAAGUACCCGGAAUUGGUGUUGGAACGGGCCCUGGACCGGGAAGAAGAAUCUGUUCACCAGCUCAUCCUCAAGGCCUUGGAUGGAGGAGAUCCAGGCCUGUCUGGAACUGCUCGAAUUCGAGUGUUAGUCCUAGACGCGAACGACAACGCCCCAGUAUUUACUCAGUCCAUGUACAGCGUGAGUGUUCGAGAAAAUGUGCCCAAGGGGACAUUGCUGCUAGCAGUGAACGCUACGGAUUCGGAUGAGGGAAUCAACGGGGAAGUAACCUAUUCUUUUCGGAACAUAGACGACAAAGCUUCAGAGAUUUUCCAGCUAAAUUCUCGGACAGGGAAACUAAUACUUGGAGAACCACUGGAUUAUGAGGAAUCGAAAAUCUAUGAAAUGGAAAUUCAAGGAGAGGAUGGUGGUGGUCUUCUGACUAGUGCAAAGGUACUGGUCAGGGUACUAGACGUGAACGAUAAUCCUCCGGAGGUGAUGGUCACUUCUUUCUCCAGUUCAAUCCCUGAAAACUCACCUCCAGGAACUGUGAUUGCCCUUUUAAAGGUACAUGACCGAGACUCUGGGAAUAACGGUCACAUUACGUGUUCCAUUCCUGGUCAUUUGCCUUUUAAAUUAGAAAAAUCCUAUGCAAAUUAUUACAGUUUAGUGACUGACAGAAUCCUUGAUCGGGAACAGGCAUCCAUGUACAAUGUCACAGUUACAGCCAUAGACCAAGGAACCCCAUUGUUGUCUGCAAACACUCACAUCUCCCUACAAGUAGAAGACAUCAACGACAACCCUCCCCACUUCAGUCAGACGUCCUAUUCUGCCUACAUACCUGAAAAUAAUCCAAGAGGCUCUUCCAUUUAUUCAGUGAUUGCUAGUGACUCCGACACAGAAGAGAACUCCCGAAUCACUUACUCCAUUUCGGACUAUAUUUUCUAUGGGGCCUCUCUAUCCUCCUACAUCUCUAUUAACUCUGAGACUGGCGUCCUCUAUGCACUGCGCUCUUUUGAUUACGAACAAUUUCGGGAUUUGCAGCUUCAAGUAACUGCCAAGGACUGGGGCGAUCCACCUCUCUGCAGCAAUGUGUCUUUGACUCUGUUCAUACUGGAUCAGAAUGAUAAUGCUCCAGAAAUCCUGUACCCCACUUUCCCCACUGAUGGCUCCACAGGAGUGGAGUUGGCUCCUCGUUCUGCAGAGCCAGGCUACCUGGUGACCAAGGUGGUGGUAGUGGAUGCAGACUCUGGUCAGAAUGCCUGGCUAUCCUAUCAUCUGCUGAAGGCAACAGAUCCAGGGCUUUUCUCAGUGGAUCUACACACAGGUGAGAUCAGGACAACUCGAGCCUUCCAUGACAAAGACUCCUUGAAGCAAAUUCUAACGGUGGCAGUCACUGACAAUGGGGAACCUCCUUUAUCUGCAACAGUCAGUGUCACAGUGGCUGUGGCUGACAGCAUCCCCGAAAUUCUCUCAGAUCUCAGCAAUACCGAGACUCCAGCGGACCUGGAAGAUGCAAGUCUCACGCUUUAUCUUGUCAUUGCAAUGGCGGUGGUGUCUUCUCUGUUCUUUGUUUUCAUCAUUGCCUUAUUGGUGAUCAAGUUAAGGUCCUGGAGAAAUUCGCAGCUGUUACAGUCCUCCAGUGGCCCAUUGAGGAACAUCCCAUCUUCCCAGCUCAUGGAUCUCAAUGGGGUUCAGGCUUUUCUCCAGACUUAUUCCCAUGAGGUUUCUCUCACCAUGGAUUCUAGGAAAAGCCAAUUGCUUUUCCCCCAGCCCAAUUAUGCUGAUACUUUAAUUAGUCAGCAGAGUUGUGAGAAAAAGGAGCCCUUAAUACCAGAGGAGUCAAGGUUUUCUGCCAGAGAUCCUGCUCUCAUUUCUCUUCCUGAGAGUGAUUUCCUGUACCGUCAUAAGAUACAGCAGAGAGAAGAGCAGCACAGACUCAGUCGCGUUCGCUGCGCCAUAGACCCUUCCCUGAGAAAUACUCACUUCAGAGGAAUAUAG